ACUAUAUAGGAUUUAGUGGGCACAGUAAAUUUUUGUAGUUAAUUAUAUGAUUUUUCUGUUGGGAUUUAAAUUAAACUGAUAUUAUUUUUAGACAGUAAUUUAACUUUUUAGCAUUCUUCAUUUUAAAAUAUACUCAACAAUUUCAUGUAUGCCUAAUUCUGUGUAAAAAAAAUAUUGUGCAAAAACUAUAAACACUUAUCAGAUUGUUGAAAUAUGUUUGAACUUAUUAAACUACUGUGACGAUAUACGUACAUAAUUGCUAGGAAUACCUGUACCGAUGUCUGUACCAAAGCAUAUAAUUUAAUGUUAUCUUUAUUUUAUUAAGUACUGGUGUUGUGACAGAAAAAGAAAUACCGCCUAUAUUGUGUUGUGAAGUAAAUACAAUCCGAAUUCUCAGAUAAUUGUUUUUAUUCGUCAAUGUUAUCAUGAAAUGGUUUCUUCGCGAUAUUCAAUUACGGAAAAUCGUGUAACUGUGCAAACAUAAACCUCAACAGCUAUGUAUAAUAAGGAGGAAAAAGUCAACAUAACCAGUAUGGCCAGUACGAAUAAUUAUGGAUCCACCGAUGGCUCAAAUAAGCUUAACAGCAUUGUUUCACCAAAGAAAAUGAUUUAUUGUGUUCAUGGAAAGCCAAGUGAUGGUUGCUGUAGGGUUUUAGAAGGAGAAGUAAUUGAUGUUGAGCCGAUCACUGAAAAUAUCAGUAGUUUUACCAGAGAAAAUAGUAGCACUACAGAUUUAAUUAACAAACACUGUCAUAAAUCAGGAGCACCAGAAAUAGAUAAAAAUGCUAGGAAAAAGCUGAUUAUUGCAAGUAUUUUGUGUGUUAUAUUUAUGAUUGCUGAAAUAGUUGGUGGAUAUUUAUCAAAUAGUUUAGCUAUAGCUUCAGAUGCAGCACAUUUGUUAACAGAUUUUGCCAGUUUUAUGAUCUCAUUGUUCUCUUUAUAUAUGGCAAAUAGACCUAAAACAAAACAAAUGUCGUUUGGAUGGUACCGAGCAGAAGUUAUAGGGGCAAUGACAUCCGUUCUUUUAAUUUGGGUUGUUACUGGAAUCCUAGUCUAUAUGGCCGUUCAGAGAAUUAUAUAUAAAGAGUUUGAAAUAGACGCAUUCAUAAUGCUUAUUACUUCUGGAGUUGGAGUUGUUGUUAAUAUAAUCAUGGGAUGCUCAUUACAUCAACAUGGACAUUCGCAUGACAAAACAAAUACAAAAGGACAAAACAUAAAUGUGCGAGCUGCAUUUAUUCAUGUUUUGGGAGAUUUUCUUCAAAGUUUUGGAGUGUUUGUAGCCGCCAUUGUUAUUUAUUUCAAGCCACAAUGGGGAAUCGUUGAUCCAAUAAUGACAUUUUUAUUUUCUGUGUUUGUUUUGAUAACAACCUUCGCUAUUAUAAAAGACACUUUACUGGUUUUGAUGGAAGCAUUGCCGAAAGGCAUACAUUUUGAAGAUGUCAUGAAUAUUCUACUUAAUAUUGAGGGUGUCUUAAAAGUACAUAACUUACGUAUAUGGGCUUUGAGUUUAGAUAAAAUAACUAUGUCUGCUCAUAUUGCUAUCAGUCCUGGGACAAAUCCUCAAAACGUUUUGGUUGUAGCAACGAAAAAUAUUCAUGAGAAAUUUAAUUUCUUUGAAAUGACUCUACAGAUUGAAGAAUUUGAAAAUAUCAUGGAUAAUUGCAAGCAGUGUCAAAAUCCUUGAUGUUUCUCGUGCAUUUUUUAUUUAUUUUAUUUUACACAUGAAAUUAUUUAAUAAAAGACUUAUUGUUUUAC